UUCGGAUGAAUGUGUUUCUGUCUGUUUAGCUGCUGUUUUAUUUCCAGCCUCACUGACAACAGUUUAAGGUUUUUAUUUUCACUCAAACCACCUGACAGAUAUCCGGUCCAGCACAUUUUGCGGAACCUUCAUCCAUCCAUCUGUGGGGUUCUGUGUCGCGGUGGACUAUCUUCCCAGUUUAAUACAGUUGGCAUGUCUGAAUAUUCCCAGGAAUUCCAGCUGAAACCGAAGAGUGGGCCAAGCCUUCCUACCUUCUCUCGGUCCUCCACCUUUUCUUCUGGAUCAGAGAAGCUCCAGGCUGCUGUCACUCAUAUCUUGCUCUUAGCAGACUCUUCUGCUCAUUAAGGAUGUCAACCUGUUGGUUCCUCCCCCCAGAACCAUUCAUCUCUCUCAGCGGGGAGCAGGGACUCACAUCUGGAUCGUUUCAAGACUUCAAGGCUCUUAGCAGACGUGUAAGAAGGAAAUUCAGUGCAUUUCCCUGCAUACGUUUAUAGCAGUUCAAGUGUUUGGCUCAAACACAGAAAACCUGGAAUGAUUUAUUACUUCCUGGAGAAAAAGCACCUGUUUUUACAGCGUUCCUAUUAUCCGUGUCCUUCUCUGCUCUGUUUCAUGUUACAAAUCUUAGUUACAAGUCCAGCCCCAGAUUUGGGUUUUCCACCCCCUCCAGGCCCUCUGAAUGAGCCUUUGUGCUCCAGAGUGACACAGAAACCCUAAAGAAGAAGGUUUGAACAUGCAUUCAGGUUUAAAAAUACUGGAAGAAGGUUUUUAUUUAUAGCAUGGACCUGAUGACUUCACCCACACAGGAACGUGCUGCGUCAAAUCCUGCGGUUUGCUCUCAAAGGAGCCUUUCCUUUCAUGCGGACGGGAUGAAAUUAAUGCAACAUGUGGAAACAGCGGUCCAAAUGGUUCACAUUCCAAAGAGGAGAACUGGAUUCAAUACGUGCCAACAGGUCAAAGAGCUGUGAUAUAAAUACCUGUGUGGGAUUUUGUCUCUUCUCCAUCUAGAGCCACAGAGCCCCGCUCUGUUAACCCUCACGGCCGCUACAAGCUGUCCCCAGAUAGGCCACAAUGCAGCCGCCCUGUCACAACCCGUGUGUCACCACUAAACCCCCUGGCCUCCAGGGACCCGAGCCCGGCUUAGUCAUCUGAAGGUGGAUGACAGGCAGCGAGCUGACAGAGAUCCAGCAAACAAACAGGUCUGGAUGAGACUACGAGGAGGACAGUACCUGGUGCCUCAGUGGUCCAAUUAACAGAGGUUCAAGGAAAAUUCCAUUUAUAUUAAUAGCAACAGAAAUAAGAAAAACUAAGUACACCGUUGAUUCUUCCAUGGGAUUUAAAAUAAAUUAGACACGUGUCGCUAGAAGAUGAACGGAUUAUCAUCAGUGUGAGGUUCUGUCAGUUUGCUGCUCUGCAGCAUCCAGCUCUGUGUUAACACAAUGCCAGAAUGAAAAGACAUCAGCAGUGACCUUAGAACAGGAACUGUAGAUGCCCAUCACUUUGGGAAAGGUUAUCAUGUCAUCUCCAAACUAUCUGAAGUCCGUCAUCCUACAGAGAGAGGUAAACAUCUCGGACAGCUGCCCGUCUUCCCAGGAGAGGACGUCCCAGCAGAUCCAGUCCAAGCUCAGAAGGUGCUAAGAUGUCGGCUUGGUACUAUGACUUCUCAGUCAUUACCUACUGCAACAGAAUUUCUAGACUAUUUUCCCAUGGGCAGAUGAGACCAACGCAAAGAUGUCUGACCAACACUUCCUACCAGCUGUCACAGUGGUGGAGGGGGGAUGGUGUGGGCUUGUUUUGGAGCAACAGGACCUGAGCACCUGUUGAGUUAAUGACUGAACCAGAGAUGACCCUUGUUUUGUCAAUGAAUCCUUUUCUGGACCCGGACUCGGAUCGUUGCAUUCAGACCUGCCAGUCCAACCCGGACCCACCCUGCAGCUCAGAGGAACGACAUGCACAAGGUCCAGACUCAAUCAUGUCUUUAUUACGUCAUCUGGCAAAAUCUACAGAAUCAUUUCUGAACAAGAAGCUCCCUGUAGAAGAGCUCCUGACCAGGUUUCCAUGUCAAGGAUUGCCUACUUCAAGAGGAAGUUUGUUGACGAUGAUGAAGAGCCUCCCUUUAGCUUCCGGACCUACUGCCAGACAUGUUCUGCACCACUCUCCUCACUUAUCAGCACCCCUGCUGUCAGUACCGUGUAUCAUCUGUUUGGGCCUGCAGGACAGCUCUCAGUUUACUCCUGUGACAUCUCAGCAGGUCGCCCCGGGUUUGGAGGAGCGUGCUCACGUGCUCCGAGUCUCUCUGGAGAAGAUGCGGUUCAUCGACGACCCCGAAGUGUUCCUUCGGCGCUCCGUCCUCGUUAACAACCUCCUUCGCCGUCUGCGAGCAGAGAUCCUGCUGCAGAGCGCCGACUGGUGCUUUCCACCCAACGCGGCACUUGCCAGCGCCCCCUGCAUUCUGCCGCCCAGUGCCGGCUCUGCCCACCAACUUCUCCAUAGAGCUGUGCCCGCCCGGAUCUGCCUCCCGCCCCAGGCCGGACCGCCCCUCCGAAAGCGUUUCCGGAUGGUUCGUGUCGGACAGGGGGAUUUUCGCCCAGACUGUGCCCAGACAUGCUGCUGUGUCUACGCGGCGGCAGCUGCAGGACACUACCUCCACCUCCCGUUCUCCAUGUACGAUGCAGCUCUCUCCACCUGCUCGUCCACACCCAGCACGUCACUUCUUCAGUUGGCUGGACACAGCAAACUAGGUCUGACUGUGGCUGUGGAUGACGAAGCGGAGGAAGAUGCUGAGGAGGAGGAGGAAGACAAUGAGGAGGAGGAGGGAGAGAGGGAGGCGUUGGAGGAUGAUGAACCAAGACAAGAAAGGGCUUCUGCUGCUGUUCAGGACAGGUUGAGCCAUAAAAGCAGGACUAAGACAGUGCCCAGUCAUAAAGACAUGAGGACAGAUGACAGCUCCAUGGCAGAAACUGUAGAAGAAGAAGGAGAGCAGGAAGAAGAGGAGGAGGAAGAGCAGGUUGUUGGACCUUGUUCAUGUUCUUCAGAAAGAGAUCUCCACAGAUUUAGCUUCUGGCAUCGUAGAACUCAUAGACAAUAACUGAAGAUCCAUCUACCAUGAUGCUAACGCUCUGAUAUUCUCUCAGACUGUCUGGGGACAUAUCUCCAAAACAUCUUCUGUCCUAGCUGCAGGUGACGCCUCACUAGACUGUCUCCAAGACCAGGCGGGUCUUGAACUGGGCUCUCUGCCAGGGCGGCGGUCCCGCUCCAGGACCCUAAACCGUUCUCUAAACAAUGGGUUGUGUAUGUGGAAGCGUGCUAUGAUAAUGUAGCAUUUUAAUACUUGAUUUGAAGCUAUUUUUUAAGCUAGUGAGCAGUGAGGCUGUGUCAGGAUGCGACUGUGCUGCAGUGGUGCCACCAUGUGCACAAUUCUCAUUACUUUACAGCAACGCAAUCAUCAGAGAACCAUUUAAAGUGCCUUAGCAUUCUGGGCUUACAUGUGCUGUACUGUUUCAUAGCAUCCAAUUGAUACUAACUGGACCAGGACAGAGGCAUGUCUGGACAUCUUGAUUCAGAUGUUUUUAGAUUUCUAGCCAUUCACUGUUAGAUUAAACUGUUUAAUGUCCCCUGUUCUUCAUUCUUAUGGAAAAAAUAUGGAGCUCCACAGGAAUUAAGGUUUACAGUCUUGAGUAAACCUGGUUCAAUUUGGACCUCCAUAACUCAGCCAAUCUUUUCCAUCAGAACCAUCAUCCAAAGUUUAAACGGGUCACAGAAAGUUGGACUUUACCUGACUCAAUUUACAGUUUUUUACAAUCACAGUUUAAAUUUUAGGAUUUCUUUUUAAUUCUGUAGAAACUGGACCUGAAGGUUCUGUUUAAUCUGUCAGAUCUCCUACAGGAAAUACAGAAAACACAUAAAACAUCUUAUGUGGGACCACCAGAAGGUUCUGACUAUCAUUGUUUCAGAACUGUCUUGAUGUGAAUCUAUAUUUUCUCACAGGCUCAGUUUGAGGAUUAUUCAGCUUUCUGAGCUUGUUUUGCCUGCCUGAUACUCAUCUUUUUUGCUCACCAGAAAAAGGCGGGAAUCACCAUAGCAGCUAGUAACUCAGCAUUUUCUGGACAUCUGGUUUACUCAGCGACUUCUUUCUUAUCGUCGCCCUUUUUUCCGCCACAUGGACCCUGCUUGACUUUGCAGGAUUUAGUAUUCCCAGUCCAAAAAAAUAUGAAGGCAAACAGGAAGAGGUUUCCUGGCCUUUCAAACUAAAAGCAAGGCGGUGCUUUAAAUUUAAAAGUCAGUAUCUCAUAUUGCAGUUUGCUACAGAAGCAGGUUGUAAAUGUCUGAUGAGCCUGGAAAGAGAAAUGUGAGGUAUGUUGGUGUUUCUGGCAGCAGCUGCUCUUCUGAUUAUUAAAUCAAUUAAUCUGUAACACCUUAAAAUAUGUUUACACUCUCACUCUAAAUUGGAUUAUGAAUAUGAGACACAGUAAGGAUAUGAAGAAUAAUUGCAUAUUUUCAUUUAAAUCAGGUUAGGACAUAAAUAUCUAUCCUGAAAGUGUUGCCUCUGUUACCACAGCAUGGAGUGUUUCCUGUCCUCUGACACUUUAAAUGAAGUCAUAAUGAUUGGAGAAAAUUGUUGGGUAAUUAAACAGCCUCUUCAAUGUGAUGAUCAUUGAUUUCUGUUUUCUUUCCUGUUUUUACUGCUCAUUUAGGAUAUCUGAUGUACAAAAUGAUAAUAAUGACAGCGGAUAUUUCAGCCAGCUGAUGAGUUCAGUGUUUUAUUUACAUUUUCUAAACUUGGAGAAAAUAAAGUUGUUAUUAGUGGUAAAAGACAUGAGAGUAUGAGAGCAAUAUUUGUUUCUGAGACAAAAACAACAACAUGUAACUGCAUUUUCUGGUAUUAAACAUAAGAGAAGAGCAGCUGUGCUCUGCUCAUUUUGUGAUGUUCAGUAUUAGUGAAUCAGUAAAAGAAAUGUUUAAAAAGA